AUGUAUUCGUUCCCGCCUCAGGCACACCCCGAUCGAGAAAUGGAAAGAUCACAAGGCACCAUUCUUUGCAAGCUACAUCGAGGAGAGCGGAAGGUGCAAUCCAAUUGGCAAUCGAGGAACCUUUGUGGAUCCUAUUAUGCUAUCUCAGCUGUAUCAGUAGCUCUUGACCUGAUGGGCGAAACCGGUCGCGGGUCUGGAAGUCUGGAAAAGUUUCCCCGCGCGUACCCCGCAUUAUAUAAUCGGUUCCCCUCACGCGGCAUCAACCGCAGGCUCUCCACUCUCCACUCUCCACAGUCGAACAUAGUUUUGCCGACCACGGAAAACCUGAUAAUUCAUUACACGGGACGGCAUUGGAGUCGAACUGCCCUGCGUAGCGCCGUUUCCCAACCGGGCAUCUCACAUCCCACAUCCCACAUCCCAGCAGAGGCGCAGGCUGCCCGUUGA